GUGAAAGUUUCUACAACAAAAGGUUGCGUGAAAAAGUUGGAGACUCACUGCGUGGAAGCUGAGCUUCUUCAGAAAAGAGUGAAUUAUUCAGAGAAAAAAAAAAAAAAACCUGGACAGCUUUCCUGCUUCUGUGAGAUCCAUUUCACUCAGACCACAAUGAUGUCAUGCUUGUGGAUUUUGGUCUUUGGAAGUCUUAUUGCAAUGCAAGGAGGGAAAGUGGCGGCGUCAGAGGAGGACGGCGCUGACGUAACCCCGGCUCCAGCGGAGGAUCCAGAUUUGGACUCUGCCCCGUCUGAGGAUGGAAGCGCAGAAGCAGGAACCCCGGCCCUGGCUGAGGAUACCGCCUCUGAGGAAGCAGCAGGAACAACAGAAACACCCUCAUCUGAGACUGAGGGGCAGCAAUCAGACCCAGAGCCAACGGAUUCAGCUCCAGACUCUGCUGCAGAUCCACCGUCUACAGAGGAACCACAAACUGAUCCGCCAGUAACAGCAGACGACAGCGCAGAUGAUGAAACAGAUCCGCCAGUAACACCUGCAGACAACAGCGCAGAUGAUGAAACAGAUCCACCAGUAACACCUGCAGACGACAGCGCAGAUGAUGAAACAGAUCCACCAGUAACACCUGAAAACGACAGUGCAGAUGAUGAAACAGAUCCGCCAGUAACACCUGCAGACGACAGCGCAGAUGAUGAAACAGAAGCCCCAGAGACGGACGACAGCGUUGAUGAAUCAGUGAUAACUGAGGAGGGAGGUCGGUCUAUACAUGCUGAGGGACCCGCAGGAAAUGGACUGGAUCUGUCGGACGCUCUUGACACAGAGGGGCAAGCUGAAAAUGACCAGCCCACCGGAGACAAUAAUGCGCACAGUGCUGGAGCGAAGGCUGAGCCAAACGAUGGUAACGAAUCUAAAGGGUCCAGGUCAGGCACGGUCGCCGGGGUUGUAGCGUCAUUCGGGGUGGCCAUCAUCGGCGCUGUCACUGGUUACUUUGCCUACCUGAAGAAGAAGUUGUGCUUCAAGGCUCAAGGACGUGACCCGGAGAGAGCUAAGGAGGAGAACGGGGCGCAGAGCGACCCUCAGGUUCUCAGCAAUCUUCUCAAGUCAUCAUAAUCCUCAACUCACUGAAGAACCCAAGACGAAGGCCUUCAAGCGACGAAUACCAAUAAAGCUACUGUGAAGUGAUUUACGGAAAAGUUCAAAACAGUCAUGUAGCUUAGAAAUAAUGAGAUCUAACAGCCCCCUUUUAGCAUUCUGAGAGUUAGCGCAUGCUAACUGGUGGCUACUAGCUUUCAUUGCUUGCCCUGAAGUUCAUGAUUGCCAAGAGAUGUUUAUGAAAAAUGGGUUUUGAUUAAAAUGUACUGACCACAUAUAAACACAGCACUGUGCAGACGUCAGAGACCACCUUCACUUAUGUAAUAUCCAGUCAAACGGCCAUUAAGUACAAGUUAUAUAUAAGAGAAUCCACUUGCAUAAGGAACACACUGAAAAAGAUGGUUCUUCAAGGGUUCUUUAGUGAAGAAAAUAAUUCUAUAUAGA